AUGGCUUUCUAUCGAGUUGGCGUCGAUGUUGGAGGAACCAACACCGAUGCGGCUAUCCUAGACAUCUCGGCGUGCGAUACGGCGAGUCGUGGUGUGCUUGCGUCUUAUAAAACGUUUACAACCACCGAUAUCACGAGUGGCAUCGAGACGGCCGUCAAGGCAAUCUUGGAAGCCUCUCAGGUUGACCUCAACCGUAUUAUCGCUGUGACGAUUGGGACGACUCAUUUCAUUAAUGCCGUGGUCGAAGCUAAUGCCCGAGAACUUAGUCGUGUUGCGGUGUUACGCCUCUGCGGCCCAUUCACGCGACAGAUUUCUCCAUUCGCCGACUUUCCUCCCAAGCUAAGGUCUAUCCUUGAUGGAGGAUCAUUCUUCCUCGACGGGGGCCUAGAAUUCAACGGCGAACAAAUCCUGCCCCUUGACUACGAACAGAUACGCCAAGCGACGCGUCAUCUUAUUCAUCAGGGGGUGCGCUCCGCGGCCAUUGUUGGCGUCUUCUCGCCCAUCGACCAUGUAUCUCCUCAGGAAGAAACUUGCAGGAAAAUAAUGCUGGAGGUGGAUUCCGAUUUGGACAUUACAAUAUCCCGAGACAUCGGGCCUGUGGGCCUGCUUGAGAGAGAGAACGCCACCAUUCUCAACUCGGCCAUCCUAAGAACGGCACGAAGGUUAAUCAAGGGGUUCAAACGCGCCAUAGCUGUACUGGGGCUGCAGUGUCCGUUGUAUCUAUCACGCAACGAUGGCACAAUUAUUGCCGCUGACGAAGCCUCAAACUUGCCCAUUACCACCUUUGCUAGCGGUCCGACAAACAGCAUGAUCGGUGCUGCAUUUCUGGCCGGCUAUGGCCGGCGAAGUGUGUCAACCAACAAUCAUGCCAAAGGCGUCAAGACCAACGGGGACUCUUCAGAAUCACAGGUCCUUGUGGUCGACAUUGGCGGCACGACGACUGAUGUAUGUGCCUUGCUGCCUUCCGGUUUUCCCCGUCUGGCUCCUGGGUUUACUGAAGUUGGGGGCGUCCGAACAGCCUUCUCAAUGCCAGAGGUCCGCUCCGUUGGGCUUGGCGGUGGUAGCAUAGUACAAGUUGAUGCAGAAACCGAACAUGUUACCCUUGGACCAGCUUCCGUUGGCAAUCUUCUCACCCAGCAGGCACUCGUUUUUGGCGGGAGGACAAUGACGGCGACUGACAUAGUGGCUGCUAUGGGCAAGACUGAGCUGGGCCAUCCUUCACUCGUCAGCGAGAUUCCAGCUAUUGUCGUCGAGGCGGCUCGCAAGAGGAUAAAGAAGAUUCUGGAGGACGUCAUCGAGCAGAUGAAGUUUUCUGCAGCACCGGUACAUGUCCUCUUAGUUGGGGGGGGCGCCCUCCUUGUCACCGAGUCCCUGGAGGGAGUCGAGAGGUGCAUCCGACCCAUGCACAGUGAGGCUGCCAACGCUGUCGGAGCCGCAAUUUCUGAGGUCUCUGGCGACGUGGACCUAAUCGAGGCUCUGAAAGGGAGGAGCGAGAAGGCCCUCGUGGCAGCAGCCUGCGAAAAGGCGAUAGGGCUAGCUAUCGAAAGGGGCGCCACGGCUGAUGACGUCCGGAUUGUGCAAAUUACAAAGACACCACUCCAAUACGUCAAUAACGGAGCCAUCAGAAUUCAGGUCAGGGCGGUGGGCAAGCUUCGGACCCCGGAUGUAGUUCGGCUUCCCGAGACAAAUGGAACUGGGUCCGCUGAGGAUGACAACGAGCCUGAAGCAAGACCACAAGUUGAGCCAGAUAUCGCAGUGGAUGUGCCACACCAAUUGCAGGUAGGCAUGGACCUAGCUACAUAUCGGCCAGAGGUCAAGCAAGGAGUAUGGUACGUCUCAGAAGUCGACAUUGAGUUGAUAUCCACGGGCUGCGGUAUUCUGGGAACCGGAGGCGGGGGUCCAACCCACUACGAAGCUCUAAGAUGCAAAGAAAUUCUUCGUACUGGCGGUAAAGGUAGGAUGAGGAUCAUAUGUCCAGAGUCUCUCAAGGAUAAUGACUUGAUCGGCUUUGGGUCCUGGUACGGAGCGCCGGGCGUUUCCAACGAGAGGAUCGUGAAUGGAGGCGAGAUAGACGUGGGAGUCGAUACCCUCCUUAAGGUCCUGGGGGGUCAGAAGCUGAACGGCUUCCUUUUGGAUGAGGUCGGUGGAGGCAACGGCCUGAGCAUCUUCUCGACGGCUGUUAACUACAAUCUGCCAGUCGUGGAUGGUGAUACCAUGGGCAGGGCCUUCCCAGCCAUGUAUCAUAGUACGACCAGCGUUUAUGGGCAUCCUCUCACUCCGUGUUGUAUAACUGAUUGCCGAGGAGUUAUUUCAAUUCUAAUGGGUGCGGAUUCACCAGACCGAGUAGAAAAAGUCCUCCGAUCAACCGCGAUUGAACUCGGUCUAGGAUGUGCGGUUUGCACGAAUCCUCUGUCCGGCAAAUCAAUCAAAAGUCAUGCCGUUCCGCGGACUCUAUCUCUUGCCUGGUAUCUUGGACGAGCCAUUCACCUAGCGCGAAGAAAAAAGACAUCAUACAUUGAGGCUGUCUCGCAUAUCGGCAAAGCAAGGCUGAUCUUUGCUGGAAAAAUUAUUGAUGUUCAGCGCAAUAUUAGUGACGGAUACACGAAAGGCCAUGUCCUCCUCGCUCCGCUUAGUCUUGAGGAGCAGGAGGGCGUCAAAACUGAUAGCCACAGCAAUAGACAGGCGGAUAAACACAUGCUCAUCCCAUUCCAGAACGAGUACCUCUACGCGGCCUUGACUGAUCCUACAGGCAAAGAAGCUGACCAGAUAAUUUGUACGGUGCCGGAGUUAAUCUCCGUUCUAGGGCAGGACGGCGAGGCCAUUGGAUCCCAGGACUUGAAGUACGGGCUUCGUGUAUCUGUGAUUGCCAUGCCCGCCCAUCCGUUAUGGAAAACGCCUCAGGGUUUGAGGGUUGGCGGACCUCAGGGCUUUGGGCUGGAAAUACCAUUUGUAAGUAUUGGGGAGCAGCCUGUGAACCCGAGUGUGAUUGAAGAAUUUUCAAAUUAG